CAAGUAAAGUCUCCCCUCCCUCAAACGCGUGCCGUGAAUAUAUCUGAUUUUUUACCAUUUAAUUUCGGUUUGCCAAUAAGCAUUGAGUAAUGUUGCUGAUAGAAAACAGUUGAACUGCGCAGAGAGUUCAGCUCAGUCGAAGCAGGAGCAAGGAGAGGGCAGAAAGCGGAGGGAUCGCUCUCGGUUUUAUUAUGCUCAAUUUGAACUGUGUUCGCCAAUCUAACCGCUCGGACUGAUGGUGAAAAGAAAGAAGACGUCGCCUACUAGCGAAGACCACGAAAACGGCAUGACCCCGGGCUCCAGGGAGGGCAUCGGCGUCGACGGGCGGACGAAUCCGUCCAGAAAGCCCGAAGGUUGCGACGACGACGACGACGAGGAAGAGGAGGAAGAGGAGGAGGAGGAGGAGGAGGAGGAGAGCGGAGAGCAGGCGAGCGAGGAGCGCAGUACAAAGGGGGACGACGACGGAGUGGAGGUUCUCAACCCGUCCGCCGCGGCUCUCAGCCCCGGUUCGGCUCCGGUUCCGCCGGCCGGCUCGGCGCACUCGCCGCCGGGCCGAACCGGAGCCGGCUCGACGCAGAGCCCGCAGACCUCGGCGGAGUCCGCCCCUCCGUGCCACGACCAGCAUCAUUUUCUGCGGUCGAGCGUCCGACCUCCGAGCAAGCGGAUCCGGAAGGAUUCGGUCGGCUCCGGCGUCAACGGACACGGCGGGGCGAAAUCGAAAGGGGCAGAGAAUGGCUCUUCUUCCCAGGGAACAGUCGGACAAUCAGGGCCGGUGGUUGGCUCCGCAGGCGGAGUGUCGAAGACCUCCAAGGGCCAGGGGUCUGCUGAGAAGGAGGAGCAAGCCGGUAACCAGAAGAGAGCUCGACGGCAGUGGGAGUCCUGGAGCACAGAGGACAAAAACAGCUUUUUUGAGGGACUCUACGAGCAUGGGAAGGACUUUGAGGCUAUCCAGAACAACAUUGCAAUGAAGUACAAGAAAAGAGGCAAGCCAGCCAACAUGGUGAAGAACAAGGAGCAGGUUCGCCACUUCUACUACCGGACCUGGCACAAGAUCUCCAAGCACAUCGACUUUGCGAAUGUGUACUCCAGAGUGCUGAAGAAAUCCUCUCAAGAACUCUACGGCCUCAUCUGCUAUGCCGAGCUGCGCAAAAAAGUUGGCGGGUUAAUGGAUGAUAAGAACGUGUCAAAGCUGAACGAACUAAUCCAGCAAGGGGCCACCACGGUGCGCUCCAAAGGGAGGAACCUGCGGAUCAAAGCCCCCAUGUGCCGAGCACUGAAGAAACUUUGUGACCCAGACGGAGUGAGUGAUGAGGAGGACCAGAAGCCCGUGCGUCUCCCCCUGAAGGUGGCCGUGGAGCUGCAACCACGCAGCAACCACUCCUGGGCCCGCGUCCAGAGUCUAGCCCACAACCCGCGCCUCAGGAUGGUGGUGGAGCUCCACAGGAAAGUCUCCAGCCUCAUUGAUUAUCUGAAACAGAAGUGGGCAUACCAGGACCAGCGCAUUCUUAAAAGUCUCAUGGAGAGGGAGGCUCUGGAGGUCGGCCCGUCCGCCACAGUCUCUCCCAGCAAAUCCCAGCAGGACGAUCUCUUUCUCUAUCCUGCUGAGAGCAGCACUUUGACCACACUGCCUGGUGUGGCACGUGUUGUUCACUCGAAGGCCUCCUGCACAGUACACUGGCUGGAGAACGGCAAGAAUCGGCCUAAUGCCAAGGAGUUGCCCGCCGCCCAGAUUCUGGGCAUUCACACCGCUCCGGCACUUCGGACCGGCCCCAAAUCUGGACGGGGAGGCGGCGCCGGUGCUUCAGCGACCGCGCUGUGUGAUAGUCGUCGAACUGACCCCCUUAACCCCGAGCCUUCACAAGACGGCUCUGCAAAGGCCGAGGAGAAGAGACCUCCGCCUGUUUCUGCCCCUGCUUCCUCUCUGCAGACUGUGGCUCUUGGGGAGGAGGGAACGGGGACAGGACCCCCUGAAGGGGGAAGGAUCUGUCCUGGCGUGAAGGCCAGUGGUGGUUCCGCAGCGACCAGAAGCAUUGAGAAGUCGUGUGGUGUCACAGAAAGCUCAUCGGAGCCGUGCAAUGAGGAGCGGAGCCCCAGCACGUCUUCCCCAGAGGCCAACCAGACUCCCCCGGCCAAACCUUCAGCCCCCGGCCCGGAGGAGGGAAUGUCGCAGGGCUGCGCCCCGGCAGCCAGGGAGCGGGCCGUCGAGCAGAUCAGAGGGGAGGGCUGGAGCGCGCGGGACGCCGAGAACGUCACCCUGGCUGAGCUCUACCUGAUGUUCGGGAAGCCGGGCAAGCUGCAGCUGGAGUACGAGUGGCAGCCCACCGCAGGUCCUCUCAACAGCCCAGAAAACGGACCAGCUCAGCGCAAGCCCAUCAGGACGCAACACGUUCUGCGCUGCCUGCUCAAGCUGGUUUCCACCGAGGUCAAUCCUAAACCUUUGGCUGCAGAGCUGUGCUCCACAGCUACAUCGCCACACAAGGCCCAUCAAGAGGAGCAAAGCCAGGCCCUCACGCCUCCGGGGAAGGGCCCCGUAGCAGGUGUUCGCAGCCCCAGCUGUGGCCGGCAGCCGGUCUCUGUCCGAGGAACCCGGCUGCACCUGCCAGCUGCCGGAGUCUCAGGUGGACGCAACCUUCCUCGCUCUCUGCUGGGAGCGGCGGCGAGCAGCGACGCCGAGAGCGGCGUGUUUGCGGUUCCCACCACGCUGCCCCCCAACAGCUCGCGGCACAACAGAAUGUUUUCCCCCAACAAGGAAGCAGAGCUCGCCCUCAAGCAGCAGCUCGACUCCAUCAGUAUGAAGUCGGAUCUUUUCCUUUCCAGACAGAGAAAACCUCGAAACAGACAACUCCGGAAACCACUUGUCGUUCAGCGAACACUUCUACCGCGAACCACAGGAGACACUCCCCAGCACGUCUGCUCCUUCUCCAUCCUCUCCAACUCCUCUGCCACAGGAACUGGAUCUUUCCGGCCAAUCCACACUCGCCUGGGUCCUUCCCCCCGCCCCCUCCUGUCCAAAGCUUCCCCUGCGGCGUCCAGCUCUGCAGCGGCCAGCCAGCUCUCCAGUGCCAUUGACCUGGCUGCUAAGUCGGCAGGAAUCAUCCCUGGCAGUCCCUGCCGGGAGCUGAGCCCUCCCACUGCUGAUACCGGCACCCUGCUCCACACCGCGCCCAUUGUUGAUGCUGAAACCGACGCCCAACUCCUCCAGCACAGCGUCCCAGAGAAUGGUCACCCUCCACCUUCUCCUGGACUGACUGGUGGUGGGGACUCUCUCCUCUCUCCACCCAGCGUGGCCUCGCUGCUGGACAUCUCCCUCCCAGGCCCCCCCGAGGAGGCUCUGGUCCCCGGAGAACCUCAGACGCACAUCAGUGACUCCAUCAUCGAGCUCGCCAUCAACUCUGCCCACUAUGGCGAGGAGGCCGCUCUCUCUCCAGCCAAGCUGAGCAACAGCGACUCCUCCAAGCUGUUGGCCUCGUCUCCCUCCGCCAGCCCCUCCAGAGGCUGGAUCCCGUCGCCCUGCCACGACCCCCAGUGGUACCCCAGCGACUCGUCUGACUCCACACUGGGAUGUCUCCUCUCCAGCAUGGUUUCUCCUGAUAAGGGCAAGCGGACCACCCUAACCCCGUCCGGCCCCUCCAGCGGCACGGCUCUGCUCGGUCCCAGCCUCCUGGACUGCAACUCCCAUGAUUCCUUUCAGUCCCGUGGCCUUCCUGAUGUGGCAGAGAUGGACUCUCAGCUCGCCUGCAUGAUGAGCGAGAGCAGCGUGGACUACAUCGCUCGCUUCAACGACCUCGCCCAAGAGCUGGCAGUGACCGAGCCCCCCAUCCCACCACACUGAGGUGGAGGGGACCUCGCUCCGGCGACCACCUGGAGGCCGCUGUGUUGUCCAGCGCGCCUGUCCCUCCUGUAGUGGAGAAAAGACCCCUCCAGCGCCCCCCUCCCUCCCUCCCUCUCCCUCCCCGGCCCUGUUUGUAAAAGUGCAAUAAUGACAGUGAACCACGACAUUGUUCAACGCGAGUUGUUGGAUUCACUGAACUGUUCUUUAAAGUAAAACGCCCUUUAAAAACAAACACUUUAGUAAAAACAAAUGCGUUUACAAAACACAACCUCAUGUACAGGAAAAUACUAUGCCAUAUUUGAACAAUUUUGACUUGAUCUUUUACGUCUCUUCCUGCUCUGUGCGUUUGUCUGGUCUUUUAUUCUCUCAGAUUAAGCCCCACAAAAUGUGUGAAUCUGCCACAAUGUGCAGCGCAGAUCCCUUUAGGCCACGUUCACACUAACCCGUUUUCGCUUUAAACCGACCUGAACGCAGACAGCAAACAGCCGGGUGCCACCGGGGACUCGUUUCAACAUGUGUGACGAAUAUCAAGCGUUACCUGCUCUCUCGUCCCUCCCUUGGCCGUCGCUGUUUUUCGAGGGAUUUUCUGCAACUAAACCAACUACAGUUUGUGCAUCUCGUCAUCAUCGUCCUCGCCCCACGCAGGUCAAGUGGACGUUAUUGCUCAUGUGUACGUUUGCAAAGGUCGAUGCUGACGCACGCGUGUGCACGGAGGUCGUGUAGAGUAAGUGUGGAUGUAUUUAGAUACUUUUUUCUAUAAUUGGAUUGGAAAGUAUACAGCAAAGCCCUCCUUUUCACAUGAUUGUGAUCAGGACACGUGUUCUGAAUCAGGUUUGUCUGUUACAUGGAAAAUGGCAGCUUUUGUUGUUUUUCCUUCACUGGAAGCCUGCGCUAAAAUCACAUUGGAGUCGCUUCACGCAAUUGAUCAUUUAUUAAUGUGUGUUGAGAUGAAAAUAGCAAUGCAAUACUCUUCAGGUUGGUUUUUAGUUUUGCUAUUUGAAAUAACCUUGUGCAUAUACUUUAGCUCUCUUGCUGGUAUCAAAGAGGCGAGUUGAGCUGUUUCUAGUCCGCACUCUAAACCCAGAAUAUGAACGGACUGGUUAAGAAUGUCAGGUGUAACAUGCAGUUUCAACUGUGCGAGAGGAGGCAGUCACACGGAAUGGAAUGAUGUUAAACACUAAAGCCAUAGUUUUAGCAUUUUUUAGGUAGUGUUCUUUAACCACCAGUCAAAUCGGAAACAUUAAUACUCAUCGGCUAGUAGGGAUUCCCGUGGCUUACAGAACACUCCAUGUCUUGACGUUAAGGUGUGUAGAGUCCAAUGUACCACUGUUCACACCGACCGAGUGAAGUCCGUUUUUCUGAAUUUAGAUUAACCAGCAUCACAAAUAUGCAGUAUUGUGAACAAUAUAUAGGAGAGCUUUUGUUCGCAUUCCACAAAUGGAAUUUAAAAUAUUCUGUCUCCAAGCACCUUGAGGGCUUUGACUCUACAGUGUAAAAGCUCUUCUCAUGUUUAUUCAUUUGUGAGACUGCUUCAUCCUCACAUACAAGAUGAUUCUUAAUAAGAAAUAAACAGCAGGUUUAUCCCUGAAUCUGGCUUGUUUAAGAUGUUGAAGGAGGUAUCUGUAUAAAUGUCAAUAGACUUUCCUGCGCUUUUGUAAGAUAAGGUAAAUUCUUGUUUGGACUAUUUAUUUUUAACAUUUUAAAAAGUUGUUUUUGUCUAAAUUAAGAAACACUGAGAAAGAUGUUUAAUGUGUUUUUAUUCUGUGUAUAAAGAUAGUUAUUAAAAACC